UACCCAGAACAUGGAACAAGCUCCUCUGUGACAUCAGCCCCAGGGCCAAGUACAAUGUGGGCAAUGAAGUGCUGUGGGCACUACCUUGGCAGAGGCACUGGAGGUGAGAAGUCCUCGUUCUUUGCAGCUGACCUGUGUUUCUGACAGCAAUGAUUUUGCUCUGCAUCCUCAUCCUACUGGCUCUCUGCGGGUCUGCACAUGGCACCUGUGGAGGGAUCUGUGGGCUCCGGCCCAUGCAUGCUACCUUUGGCUCAUCACGCGUCGUAGGUGGCACAGAUGUCCUGCCAGGGUCUGGGGCCUGGGCUGGAAUUGCCAGUAUCCGUUGUUUCUGGAAACCACCAAUAUCCGUGCAUGUCUGUGGAGGGACCCUCAUUGACGCACAGUGGCUCCUCACAGCUGCCCACUGCUUUACCAACAUAACAAAUCCCAUCAGCGAGUGGGCCGUGGUGCUUGGGGCCACCUCGUUGGGUCAGUCAGGCCAUGAGGUGGAAGUGCGUCGGAUUAAGCGGCUGAUCAUUCAUGAACUCUAUGUUCCUAAACUUGAGUAUAACGACAUCGCCUUGCUGGAAUUGGACCGGCCAGUCCUGUGCAGCUCCUCCAUUCAGCUCGCCUGCCUGCCUGGUCCCACAGUGAAAGUGUCAGAGCUGAAAAACUGUUACGUUGCUGGCUGGGGUGACAGGAUUGUAAAAUCUUCAGGUAGAGAUAUCCUGCAGCAGGCCAAGGUCCAAGUCGUCAAUAACAAGCUCUGCAACAGCAGCGACUGGCUGCAGGGGUACAUCUAUGACUUCCAUGUGUGUGCUGGGCAGGGCGGCGUUGGCACCUGCCAGGGUGACAGCGGGGGGCCUCUUGUCUGCCAAAGCAAACAUGGUGACUUCUUCUGGCAAAUUGGUGUGACCAGCUGGGGAGUAGGCUGUGCCAGACCUAAACGGCCUGCAGUCUCCAGCUCCACUCAGUACUACUACAGCUGGAUCCAGGCCAUGAUGAGAAAAAAGCCAGCAGUUACUCCAGUGCCAGCCUACACAACCCCCUUGCAGACGCUACCUCCAAAACCAAUGCAGCCCUGUCCAUUUUCACGUGAAAAGCUGCUGAAUUUCUUUAAUCUGCUGAAGGAGAUCUUGAAGUUCCUAAAGGAAAAAAUGUUUUGAAUGGCAGAAUGGACCAGCUGCAGUUCAGGCUGCAGCGGACCACAACCCUUUUGU